CUUUUUGGUACUGAAGAGCCUAAGCAGUGUUGAGCUUAAUUCAUCCAUACUUUCAUCUCUGUCUGUUUUCUAGGACUGCUCCCUUUUCGCCUGCGAAAGAAGUUCACCUUGUUUGGAUGUUCUGAGGAAAAGGGGAAAAAAUGAACAACUUAGAAGAAUGGCUUGUGGAGAACAAAAGCAAGAUUGAAAAGGGGGUGGAGCUUGUAGGAGAGGGGUGCGAAGUGCUGGCGGCUACUGUGGGGAAACUCCACCCACUCCUGGAAGCCGUCUUUAGGGCCGCCGCCCAGAUAAUCCACAGCCCGGGAAGCGCAGAGAGUCGGUACCUGACUGAGCAGUUCCGGAGCCUGGACCAGAAGCUCGCCGGCGUUAGCCAGGAGGUAGACAGCAUUACCCGGGAAUUACAGCGGGUCUCCAUGAACAAGCAGAACUUCGACUACGAGGCCCAGAUGAUCAGCCAGUAUGAGAAGUUCCAGGACUUCGUCAACGCAACUGAGUUCCAGCAGAAGAAGAUGGAGAAGUUCCUCCGCCAUUUUGAGAACACUGGGGCUGACCUGAAUCUGGAUGCCAUAUAUGGUGCAGUAACUGGAAGCUCCGGGGAGCCCCUGCUGGAGACAGUGCUGGCUACAGAGCAAAGAAGCCGCAGGGCUGUGGAGGCUUUCUGCUCGGGGCUGAAGAAGCUUUUCAUCAUGGGCAUCAUCGCGGUUAUGGGCCAUGCCGCCCUAAAGCAGGGCGAGGUGGGCGAGGCACUGGUGAGCAAGUGGCAAGAGAGGAUGGAGGAGGUGGAGAGGCGCAUGAAGGCCGCUGUGGAUGACUGUAAGGAGAAUUUUGCUGUGCAGGCUAAGAUGGAUGUUGAGCACCACCUACUGGAUAAGGAGGGUAGUGUCAACCGCAAAUUCAUCGAGCCCCUCCUAACCUUUCUAGGUAAAAAGUACGACUGGGUGGCUUGGUCUGUCCUUGUUUUUAAACACAAGGAGCAUUUUCCAUUGCAGCAGUUGGCUGGGAAGGAAUACCUUGGCAUCAGUGGCAGCAACAAUUUCUUUGACAUUGUGACCAAGGAUAACAUCAGGAUGUUGGUCUCCUUCAGUGUGGAGCCUGUGCCCAUCGACAAAAGCCAGAUCCAGGAACAGAUCGAGGGGCAGCCGCUGAAGGGGAAAAUGGCAGAUGUGGCUCAGUCGCUCAGUGACCGCCUACCCAACUGUGCUGUUUACGCAAUUAGCAGAACCAAGUCAGCAGCUGAGUCCAACACCUUUCCUGAUGACUGCUACUAUUAUGAAAGUCACAAAAAAGCACAUUUCUGCAUCCACUCCAAAUAGCCCUUAACAAUGGAAUUCAUUACCUGGUUACCAGGUACAGUCACCUCUUCACAUUAGUGGGGGUAAAGGAUGGAAGAUCCCUGCAAAGGUGAAUAUUUGUGAAGAAUACUUAGCUGCAUCAUUAAAAACAGCUAAAUUAAUGGCACUGAAAAGUUACUGAGAGAAACACGAGGUUCCACAGUCACAGUUAACGCAUGAGAUUGGCUCCUGAGACAGAUGCUAACUUUUCAAAUACCUUUCAAAAUUAAAGAUAUAGUAUGCAGUUACAAUAUCAAAUAUUAAAUAAAAUGGAUAUUUACAUAUUAUAUGCUUUCAUGCGAUCCAAAUCAUUUUCAGUAUUGUUCAUAUCCUUUUGGCUCACACGUCAUGCAGAAAUAUUCUGGCUAACUCGUGAAUAUCCGAAUCAAAUUCACGAAUCUGGGAGGUGACUGUAUGAAGUUUUUCUUUAGAUAAAACGGACACUAAUUUGGACAUUGUUUCUCAUCAUGUAUCUAUAUGCAUUGUGUAAGCCCAUUUGGACAGUGUUAUGCUUAGAGUUUAUCAGCAAGGAUUAUGAUGCAAAAGAUGUCACCUGUAUAAGCAAGAUGCAAUUCACACUAAUGUUUGGGCUGAAUGAGUAGAGAAAACAGGAAUCUGUCUUGUUCCGUUUUUGGAUCAACCCCUGCAGUAACUAUUAAUGCAUUAUUGAUGGAUGGAUGGAUGGAUGGAUGGAUGGAUGGAUGGAUGGAUGGAUGGAUGGAUGAUGCUAAUCUAUAGAGACACAUCCAAACCUGCUAUUUGUCUGCCGUUUGUCAGCUGCAAAAUAUCUAAUUCUAUAUUACCAUGGACGCCUUUCACUUCAUAAACCAAAUUAAGCAAGUUUACACACAAAUUAUUGUUGUAAUGUGCUUUAAACUAUGAAAUCUGCUAUUUGCCAUUAAUGAUCACAAAGGUGCAUUAUAAAAGUCAAUAGAGAACUGAUUGUUGUUAGCGUAUUUUAAUUGUCAGUAAUAUAAUUGAUGUUGCAUCUGUCUACGUGUGUCAUGUACUGUCUUUUCUGCAGGUUAUAUCUUAUUCUUUGGCUUUUUAUGUUAAAUAUCCAUCAAUAACUGAAGUACUAUGGUUUAGAGUAAAAUAAUAAUACAACAUUUCAGUUUCAUGUGUAGGUACCAGGUUAGAAUAUUACAUGUUUCAGAGUUAUGGAUGAUUUUACGGUGAUUUUAAGACACCCCCAUUUCAAGAAGUUACUAACAAGGCGACAUCAUCCAUGUAACAUGCCAGGGGUGGUGAUGUGUUCAACGAGUAUCGAUAAGUUCAUUACGUCAUUACAAUAAAUGUGAGGCUUGUAACACUAAGAUGUUACAGAUGGCAAUUUAUGUUGCAAACGCUGCACAUGUCACGCAGAUCUUGCACGCUUGUAUGACACCACGCCAAACCCAAAAAUAAGAAAAAUGUGGACUGGUUGUGUUAAUGUGUCUAGAUAUAUACGGCUAAUAACACGGAA